AUGUUUGGUCUCGGUACCAAAGAUCAGCAGCCAAAGUUUGACGAUGACGACGUCUAUCCGGCAAUGUUACUAGACGAUACGAAAGCCCAGCGCGACAUGAUUCUGCACUGGACAUUUCACUUCAACGAUGUACUCGAUGCUGAGAAGCUACGUACUUCGCUAGUGACGCUCAUUAACAUAGGAGAUUGGAGAAAACUGGGCGGUCGCUAUAGGAUCAAUACCCAAGGCAGGGCCGAGUUCCAUGUUCCCAAGAUAUUCACAGAAGCGCGACCGCCUUUUCAAUAUUCGCAACGAGAUUUCGACAUGAACAUCGAAGAUCAUCCCAUAAAUCGAAAAUUGCCCAGAGUGAGAGAGCAGCCUAGCGUUCAUCCAAGAGGUCACGGGCUAAAAGAGCUUGUUACAGCGCCUGACAACCCCGUGAACGGCUGCGAUCUCCUUGUGGGUGAUAAACCACAAAUGGCACUCAACAUUGUGUCUUUGAAAAACGAGACCCUUGUUACUCUGGUAUUCUCUCAUAUACUCAUGGACGCUGGCGCGCUACAAGCAUUGCCACAGAAUUGGUCAGUGGUGAUUGCAGGGCGCGAGGCGGAUGUCUCGCCCGUUUUCGGUGCGCAAAAGGAUGUUACCCACGACAUAGCAGAAGGCCGCAUGGAAGAUCACUCCGAAGGCUUUGUUCAAGAGAGAUUGAAAAUCGCUCCCAAACGCAUCAAAGGGUUCAAGAUGUUCAUCUUUGUGCUGCGCUUCCUUUGGGAGUUGCUGUGGUACGAAAAAAGCCGAAUCCCACACUAUAUUUCUACCUAA